UUUCCCUUCACACCUCGGCGGUAAAAAAAAUACAUUCCUCCCGCUCUACUGCCUGGGAUCCUACUGCCGCAAGCACUGUGCGCAGGGAGACAGCACAAGGGAGCGAAGCUGAGGACGCAGGGCACGAUGGCAGCCCCGUAGUCAGAGAGUCCAAGGAAGGGCAAGAAAAAGCAGGCAGGGGAAGGGAGGGGAAGCGGAAGGGGCCCAAGAUAGCGAGGCGGCAGCCAUGGAGGUAGAGCCACCGCCACCGGCAGCGGCAGGGGCAGCGGUGCCGCGGAAAUGCGGCGUCGGCGGGGAGCAGCCGGACCACGGGACCCCGAAUCGGCCGCGGGAGGCGCAGGAGGACCAAGCAGCCCCGGCGCCGCUGCGGCGGGAGCUGGCGGCGGCGCGGGCGCGGCGGAGGGCGGGCCGCGCCACGCCCUCGCCGUCCUGGAAGCUCGAGGCGUCGCCGCCGCGGCCGGAGGAGCAGCCGGCGGACGCGGCGGCGGCGGGGAGGAGGAGCUCGUCGGGGGCGUCCGCGCGCCAGCUGGGCGCCACGCUGUGGGAGAUCCAGGACGUCGUCAGGGCCGCGGGCGCCGGCCGCCGGAUCCGCAGGCGCGCGCGGAGGGGGCCCGCCGCGUCCCCUCACCGCGGCGGCGACGACGACGACGACGUGGAUCGGCCACAUAUUUCAGGCGGCUGUGGUAGGGAUCUUUCAGCACCAUUGAUGGAACAUGAAAAGUUACAUGAAGAUCGAUGCCAUUCAAGGCAGUCUCUUUCUCCUGCAAGUUACACUAGCUCAAUUGGGGCUGCUACCAUAAACCUCGUCAGUCCUACUCGGUCGUUGAAUUUCAGGGACAGAUAUAGGGAUGCAGGUUGCAAUCUUAAAACAUCAACAGAACUAUUGAAAGUUCUGAAUCGUAUUUGGAGUUUGGAAGAACAGCAUGCGGUUGAUGUGUCAGCAGUUAAGGGAUUGAAAUCGGAGUUGCAGAAUACACAGGCACGUGUUCAAGAGCUUACACAAGAGAGGCAGCGAUAUCACUAUGAAAUCGAGUCUCUGGCCAGGCAAGUCACUGAAGACAAAAUGGCUCGGAAAAACAAGGAACAAGAGAAGCUUAGAGCAACCCUUUGUUCCCUGCAAGAGGAACUUGAAGCUGAGAGACAUCUGAGGAAACAUUCUGAGAAUCUCCACAGGAAGUUAGGGAAAGAGUUGUCUGCGAUGAAACCGGCAUUUCUCAAGGCUGUAAAGGACCUGGAGAAAGAGCAGAAAGCAACCCGCCUAUUGGAAGAUCUCUGCGACGAGUUUGCGUUAGGAAUCAGAAACUACGAAGAGGAAGUGAGGGUGUUAAAGCAAAGGCAUGUAAAGGAGUAUGAACAGAAAACUGAUAAGUUGGUGGUUCAUAUUUCGGAAGCAUGGCUGGACGAGCGAAUACAGAUGCAAAAUGCUGAUGCCAGGGGAGAUUCAGAAGGGAAAACCUCAAUCACGGAGAGGUUGAGCGGUGAAAUACGGAGUUUCCUUCAUGGUAGAAGAUCAAGCAACUUCUACGGUAUUAACAAACAUGCUGGUAAUGAGAAGGGAGAUGCAAGCUUGUGCCGACAGUCCCUCGAAUCUCUGCACUUAAAUGGAGCCACCAGUGCCCCCCGGUUAGCUGAAGAUGAUGAAAAUUCUGUUGCUAGCGACUUGCAUUGCUUUGAGUUGAACAUGCAUGGAGACGCUGUGCAGACUCAUGACCUUGCAGGAACUCGACGGACAGUCGCCGACUGCAUGUAUUCACCAAUGAGAAGGCUGGAGUUCUCCGAUGGUCUGUCUGUUGAGGGCUCAAGGAUCUCAUCCGCAAGACCUUGUUCAGAAAAAGGCAAGGUAAAGCCAAGAAGCAGCAAAGCACAGCUGAAUACUUCAGCGCCAGAAAUCAGCUCUCGCAACGGUGACAAAAUUGAUCCUAUAGAUGAGCAGAACGAAACAGUCAUGACCCAAGUUUCUCGACGGUUGCACGAUGACUUGCUGAAGAUCAAAUCAGAGGCUCCUCAACAUGCAUUUCUAGAGCGAAAACCCCAUGAUCAUCAUCCCCGGACGUACCAGUUUCGUGAGUGUGCCGCGUCGUCAAGCGAUCUGCUACACAAUCUGCACAGUCCAGCCCGGCAGCUGAAGAAUCAUCAGCGCGUGCCGUUGGACUACCAAACAUCUGAAUGCACUACUACCGGUGACCUGCGUGGUCUGCGUAGUCCAUCCUGGCAGCUGAAGAACCAACGUGCGUCAUUGGACUACCAGAUAUCUGAGUGUGCCACCACAGGUGACAUGCACAACCUGCGCAGUCCAUCAUGGCAGCUGAAGAAUCAUCAUCGGUCGUCGCUGGACCAUGAAAUCUCCGAGUCCUCGCCGGCGCGGUCUCUCGGCUCAAAAGACAACACGCUCAAGGCGAAGUUACUGCAAGCGAGGCUAGAGGGGCAGCAUGCCCGGAUUAGGGCGUCGGGCUACCCCUUGAUCAGCACAAGGAGAUGAGCACACCGACUGGCUGGCACCCUUGGGCUGAUGAGCUUCCAUGUUGUGGUUUCCUACGGCAUGGAGCUGCAUUUUAAGUUAAUGUGACUUGAUGUGUUUAGAAUUUCACGCGCGGCGUCUCGGGUCUCGGGUCGCGGGCGGGAUAUGCGGAAUUGUAGCUGCAUGGGGGAGGAGAGACAGACCCCCUUGAGUAGAUUUGCUGCAUCCUUCAGGCUCAUCCGGCUAUGAUUGAAUGAUUGAAUGUACGUAGUAGAGAUGGACUUUCGGUAAUCACCUGUUGUUGUAAUGUUUGUAUUGUAUAGUACUAGUAUUAUAUGUGUGGAUGUAGAAGUAGGAACCUGAAACACCCGUGGCAAAGCUAAUGGCUGGAAGAAAGCUUGAGAGCUGUA